AUACAAUAUAUACUUACGUUCUUGCAGAGAGGGAGAGAGAGAGAGGGUUUCUCUCUUUGGGCUGCGUGAAGAAAAACCCAUCAUCACCUUCUUCGUUUCGUUCGACGGAUAUUACGUUUGUCUCCUGGAAUUGUACAAUUAUUGCUCGCAUUUUUCUCUCGAGAUCGAGAAUUCUGUUUCCGGGUCUUUUCCUUCUGAUGAACAAAGAGGCACAGAAAAGUUGAAAGAUUUUUCAAGGUUCUGAUUUCCCUGCGGAAAAUAUGCUCACGGGUUCCGAUAGGUUUGUAUCAGAAUUCAAGUGGGUUUUUGCUCAUUUUGUUAACUCUGGUAACAUGAAACCUGUUUCUUCUGUGUUUUCCUCCUCCGAAUCAUUGUUUUCACUUUGACUGAGUCUUCACUAUGCCGGUUUCUUUGUUUCACUUUGCCCUUGCUUGCUGGUUUGUUGUUUGGGUGGAUUAACUGAUAUUUAUCUUGAAUUUAGAGGAUCUGUUCAAGUGAUUCUGAUCUCUUAGGUUAAGAUUCUCUCUGUGUCGGAAAACUAAAACGUUUCUUUCUUUGUUGUUGAGAAAAGUUUCUCUUUUCUGUUGGAAAGACAAGACACCUGGGAAAUGCCAGGAUCAACGAGCCUUGCUCUACUGGAGCUGCAAUUCAAUUAGACGGCUCAAAAAGAGAAACAAGGGAGUGUCUAGAUUUCGUAAAAGUUUUGCCUUUUCAGGAUUUGAUUGGAAAGUGUACGCCUGAAUUCUCUUCCGCUUUGAAUUGUUCUACACUUUCUUGGCGUUGAAGUUGAGGACCGGUGAAAGAACAACAUUAAGCUAAAUCCAGCAAGGACCAAUCCAAAGUUCCACACUUGACUGUUCCUUCGUAAUCGAGUUCACAAACUCGGUAGUAUCGUUUCUCAAGAAGGUAAAUGAUACGAGUGGGGGAUGCCUCUUUUGGUUUCUGGUUUUGGUAGAUUUAACUCGUCCUGCUUUCUUGGGUGUUGGUUUGGCCGGGAGGGCUGGUCUAACCGCCACACGGGUUUUCUUCUCUGAUCCAAUGCAGAAACACUGUCAACAUUAAUGGAUCCUCAGGCAUUUACUCGGCUUUCAGUAGGUUCACUCGGUCUAAGGAUUCCAAAAACCAUCUUAGGAUCCUCUUUGAAAUCAUGGGUUCAGGCCCUAUCCUCCCAAUGCUCGUGCGAUAUAAAGCUUCCAGGUUUUCCCGUUCAAGCAACACCAAUUCCUUUGAUGUCAUCUCCAGAUGCAACUCCUGAUGGUAACAGUGUUCCCUCGAGUUUUUAUCUGGAAGAGUCCGACUUAAGAGCUCUUCUGACCCCUCGAUGCUUCUAUAGUCCUCAUGCUUGCUUAGAGAUUGUUGUGUUCAUUGGUAAACGAGGUUCACAUGGUGGGGUUGGUGUUAAGAGACAGCAGAUUGGGAAAUUUAAGCUGGAUGUGGGUCCUGAAUGGGGAGAAGGGAAACCUGUAAUUCUCUUCAAUGGCUGGAUCGGUAUUGGCAAGAACAAAGGUGACAGCACGAAGCCUGGACCGGAGCUUCACUUGAGGGUGAAGCUCGAUCCUGAUCCACGUUUCGUGUUUCAGUUUGAGGAUAUUACAACACUAAGCCCCCAGAUAGUUCAGCUCCGUGGCUCAGUUAAGCAACCCAUUUUCAGUUGCGAGUUUAGUAGAGACAGGGUGUCACAUGGCGACCCGCUGAGCGGAUACUGCUCAAGUUUAGGUGAUGUCUCGGAGCUCGAGGCAGAAAGACGUGAACGGAAGGGAUGGAAAGUGAAGAUUCACGAUCUCUCUGGCUUUGCAGUGGCUGCAGCCUUCAUAACAACUCCCUUUGUCCCAUCCACUGGCUGUGAUUGGGUCACCAAGUCGAACCCAGGUGCUUGGCUGGUGGUCCGGCCUGACCCUUGUCGACCUGACAGCUGGCAGCCAUGGGGAAAGCUUGAGGCUUGGCGGGAACGUGGGCUCCAGGACUCUAUAUGCUGCAGGUUUCACCUCUUGUCAAACUGGCAAGGGGAUGGCGACGUAUUGAUGUCUGAGGUUCUUAUCAGUGCCGAGAAAGGUGGAGACUUUGUCAUUGACAUGGACAGACAGAUGCUUACUACGGCAGGAACGCCGGUUCCGAGCCCUCAGAGCAGCGGAGACUUCUCGGGUUUGGGACCCUCUGGACAAGGGGGCGGGUUUGUAAUGAGCUGCCGAGUGCAAGGGGAAGGGAAGAGCAGCAAGCCUGUGGUGCAACUGGCAAUGCGCCAUAUAAUGUGUGUGGAAGAUGCGGCCAUCUUCAUGGCCCUUUCUGCGGCGGUUGAUCUUAGUAUCGUCGCUUGCAAACCUUUCAGGAGGACUGGUCGGAGUCAGAGACGGUUCCGGCACUAUUCCUGGUGAAGAAGGCCUGUAGGUGAUGAGAAGGAACUCUCUUUUUGUGACUUUUGUGUACAGUUUGUGUACUCAUUGCGUUAGGAAGAAAUGCUUUGUCAUUGGGUUUCGACUUUUAAAUGGCCUGAAAAACUUCAAGAA